AUGUUGGGUCUCAAUGGCACCCCCUUCCAGCCAGCAACAUUCCAGCUGACAGGCAUUCCUGGGAUACAAACAGGCCUCACCUGGGUUGCCCUGAUUUUCUGCAUCCUCUACAUGAUCUCCAUUGUAGGUAACCUCAGCAUUCUCACUCUGGUGUUUUGGGAGCCUGCUCUGCAUCAGCCCAUGUACUGCUUCCUUUGUAUGCUCGCUCUCAAUCAUCUGGGAGUAUCCCUUUCUACACUUCCCACUGUGAUUUCUACUUUCUGCUUCAACUACAACCAUGUUGGGUUUAAUGCUUGCCUGGUCCAGAUGUUCUUCAUCCACACUUUCUCCUUCAUGGAGUCAGGCAUACUGCUGGCCAUGAGCUUGGAUCACUUUGUGGCUAUUUAUCCACUACGCUAUGUCACUGUGCUAACUCACAACCGUAUAUUGGCUGCGGGUCUGGGCAUCCUUACCAAGAGUUUCACCACUCUCUUCCCUUUCCCUUUUCUGGUAAAACGACUGCCCUUCUGCAAAGGCAAUGUUUUGCAUCACUCCUACUGUCUCCAUCCAGAUCUCAUGAAAGCAGCAUGUGGAGACAUCCAUGUUAACAACAUUUAUGGGCUCUUUGUGAUCAUUUUCACCUAUGGUGUGGACUCAACUUUCAUCCUGCUUUCCUAUGCAUUGAUCCUGAGAGCUGUGCUGGUCAUCAUAUCCCGGGAACAGUGGCUCAAGGCACUCAACACCUGCAUGUCACACGUCUGUGCAGUGCUGGCCUUUUAUGUACCCAUAAUUGCUGUCUCCAUGACUCACCACUUCUGGAAAAGUGCUCCACCUGUUGUUCAUGUCAUGAUAUCCAGUGUCUACCUGUUUGUACCACCCAUGCUCAACCCUAUCAUCUAUAGUGUGAAAACCAAGGAGAUCCGCAAAGGGAUUCUCAAGUUCUUCCAUAAAUCCCAGGCCUGA